AUGCCUCGAGGCCAGAAGAGUAAGCUCCAUGCGCGGGAGAAACGCAAACAGGCCCGAAGUGAGGCUCAGGCUUGUCGGGAUGCUCAGAGAACAGCCCAAGAAACACCAGAGGCAGUAGAAGCGUCCCCUGCUGCCUCCCAGACCCAGGCUGAGGCCGAGGCCGAGGCCGAGGCCGAGGCUGAGGCUGAGGUGCCCAGCACUCCCGAGGCGCCUCCGACUACACCACCAUCUACCCCAAGUUUUCUGAUUAUUUCUUCCUCUGAUUCAGAUGAAAGCUGCAGUGAGGAAAGUGAGCAAAGUAGGCAGUGGGGAUACUCUGCUGGGGCCAGCCUUUACUCUGACGCUGAGCACCAAGCUCUGAUAGAGAGAAGGGUGAUGAUGCUCUUGCAGUACCUGCUCUACAACUACAAUCUGAAGCAGCUUACCACCAAGGAGGAAAUGCUGAAGCUUAUCAGCAAGAAGCAUGAGAGAGACUUCCCUGAGAUCUUCAGGAAAGCUGCUCAGAAGCUCGAGGAUACCUUUGCAGUGGAAGUGAGGGAAGUCAACUCCAGUAAUUCCUCAUAUGACCUCAUCAGCCAGCUGAAGCUCCCCAACAAUGGGAGGAUUCGUGCUGGCAGAGGCUUACCCAAGGACGGCUUCCUGCUGAGCGUCCUGGCUAUCAUCUUCGUUCGGGGCAAUCGCACCAGUGAAGAAGAGAUGUGGGAAAUCCUGAAGAAGAAGCACAUCUACCCAGGGAAGAAGCACCGCAUCUUUGGUGAACCCCGGAAGCUCAUGACCCAGUAUUUGGUGAAGCUGCAGUACCUGGAGUACCGGCAGGUGGCCAACAGCGACCCUCCACGCUAUGAGUUCCUGUGGGGUCCCCAAGCCUACGCUGAAACAAGCAAGAAGAAAGUCCUGGAAUUUUUGGCCAGGAUCAACAAAACAACACCUGAUGUCAUCGAAGCCCUUUACGAAGAGACCCUGGACGAGGAGGAGCAGAAGCAAGAAGGAGAAAAAGCCAGAGGUGAAGAUAAAGCUGCUGCCGCUGCUGACUAA